AUGGUAAGCCAGCCAAUCCGCAAUGGCAGUGGCAAGCAUGUCAUGCUUUAUCAGCAACUGCCUCUCGAGGAAAAUGCCAUCCAAGAUAAUGACGGUAUGACGGGCAUGGCAGCUGACCUCCCAGGCAGCACAGACAGCGCAGACACAGAGACACAACGUCAGGCUCCUAAAGCCAACCCGCAAUCGCCCGAGGUGGCGACCAUUGUCUCUGCUAUCACAACUGCAUAUGCCAACGGUCAGCUCACCAGAAAGGAUAUACUAGAGAUGCUUACCGGCCAACUUGAGGCACGAUGGCAGACGAUUCGCGAGUAUGAUCAAGAUUGGCGUGAGAGAUCUCGAAACCGGAACGCGGCCUGGAUGUCCACCUCUGAAUGGGUCACAAGUUCGGAAUGGACGACACCUUUCAAAGAGUCUGACAACACCGAAAUAGACUGCCUACGAGCAGUCGUCGGCGAGAGGAAUUAUCUCAGUUUCAGAAGAGACGAGCAAAAUCUCGCUCUCUCCAAGUGGCUGGUUGAUCCAAAUGGAUGCGCAUCGACCUGUCUGAUCAGAGCUGAAGAGACGGUUCUCAAGCGGCAUAAACUUUUUCGAGACUUACUGGACAAGAUGAUUUAUGGUCUGGUUUGCAUUGCACGAUGA